CGAAUGUUGGAGUAUACACGGUCUAAUGUGUUGUCUCCCCGUGUUGGAAUGGUGACGUGCUGGUGGAAUUUGGGCAGGAUGUCUGUCAUGUGUACGUGGUUGAAGUCUCCAGCUAGCACGUAAAAAGCCUCCGGGUGCUUGUUCUGUAGCGAGCUGAUGUUGUUGUGCAGCUCCGCUAACGCAUCGUUAGCUUUAGCAUCCGGUGGGAUGUAAACAACCAUGACGAACACCGCCGUAAACUCCCGAGGCAGAUAGUGUGGCCGGCACUUAACAGUCAUAUGCUCUAUUGCCUCGGAGCAGUGGCUUUGCACCAAAGUACAGUUUGUGCACCAACCUUUGUUAACAUAGGUUGGUGAUGAACAAGGAGAUGAACUGACAGCGUUCUUCAGGCAAAGUUGAUUCUGUCAAAACAUUUAACUUAAACUUAAACUUAAACAAGUGAUAUUGUUCAUGAACAAUCAAGUGUUGAGUGAUACAAAGGCGUAUCAAGGGAGUUUGGGGACCCAUGGGCUAAAGGAGUUAUAGCAGGGGUGGGCAACAUUUAUUUCUAAUUUAAAGGAAUCCAGUGAAAGGCUACACACAUCACAUUUUAAAUAAAAAAAUAUUAUUAAACCCUAUCAACAAUAUUACAUUUUAAAUGUAAAAAUGUUUGAAAAAUUCAGGAAGUAGCGGGCCGGAUAAAACUGGUUCUGAGGGCCAGAUCCGGCCCCAGGGCCUUAUGUUGCCCAUGUGUGGGUUAUAGCUUUAAAAGUGUUGUGGGUUUGUUUUAGAGAUUACGAGCAAAAAAAUUACCACAGUGCCAUCUCACACCAGGUGUGUUUCCCCUGUAGCAGCGUCAUAAAAUUCGCUUUAAAAUAAAACAACAUCCUGUUGACAAAUUUAUAUACCAUCAAUAAAAUGGUGUUGUUAAAUGGGAUAACGGAAUCUCUUAUGACUCACGGGUCAUGUCACCCAAGGUGAGUCUGCCUGAAAGAACCAAACACCCAUCGUCAGCUCCUCUGUGCACAGUGUGACAGAUGAGACAAGGCUAAGUAAACUGUUACACUUGUUGUUGUAUAGCUUUUUUUUUUUUGCUCAUUGUCAUUACACAAGAUGAGAUGGUGAACUACAGCUCUCCUCCAUUUUGUCUUCCAGAAAUUAUUCAUAAGUGAAAUGUUCUAUAUACCAUAGUUUGCCUUUGAGCUUUAAGAGAAGGUUAAGUGGUGUUUCUCUCUGCAGUCCUCUGUGAACCUGCUCAACAGGAAAGUGUGAUGAAACAUGGCCAUGAGCGUAGGAGGAGGAGCCGAGAGCAUUUUGUUGAGAUUGCAACAGUUUUGUUUGCUGUUUAGUUUACUUUCAUUUGUGAUCUGACACCCUGUGAUCUAUCAUAAACACCUGCGCGAAAGAGACAAGACAUUUUAUUUUGCGAGUGAUUUCUGAAAAUAUCAGCUGUGGAAAGACUGGAUGGAGCUUCCCAUGUUGAGACGCAAGCGACCUUGGUUUGCUGAAUAUGAGAACAAACCUCCUGUACCCAGAAAGAAAUGUUUGGCCAGUCCUAAAACUCUGCUGGACACACAACAUCUCAGACCAGAGACAAGCUGUUUUCACCCCUGCACACACAAGCCUGAAUACCUGACUGACAAUAAGCAUUUCCUUGACCAAAUAUCAUCCUGGUCUGAUACCGAUUUCUCCAUGAAGAGGGCACUGGAGCACUACAACCACAGAAAAGCCACCAGGGACGUUUUCCUCGACGACCAAGUCAACAAGAAGUUUUUGGGAUUUCACUGUGACAUCACAGAGGAAUGCGGUGCAGAGGAGAAACAACAUUCAUGGGCUGCGAUUGAGAAACGGGAGGAGAUUGUCAUGUAUGGACCUUACUAUCCAAACUACAACAGCGGAGAUCACAGCGAGGACGUCAUUAUCAAACAAACACAGGAACUUCUGCAGUCAGACGAGUUCACACAAGACUGGAAGGUGUACGUUUUCACUAUGAACAGCCCGUGUUUGGCUCGAAACACUAGCUCAUGCAUGAUAAACCUGGUUCAGAAAGCGCACGAGUGGUGGAGUGUGUAUGGAGUCAGGACUCAUAUUGGUUUCAUGAGAUGCUGGGGCUUCAAAGGAACCAAAGAAAAUCUGUUCAGGGAGGUCGACUAUGGCCAGGUGGACUGUAUAAAUCAGACGCAGGACCACGAGGACUAUGUUAAAGCAGCUAACACGAGACCUGAUCUCAAUCCUUUAUGUGAAAAUGUAAGUUCUGCCAUUAAACACCUGCUGAGAUCUGUAAACCUGAGUUUUUCUAUGAAGACCCUGGUGCAGGGUCAAGACUGGAAGAGUUACUUCAAAAACAUGCACUGUGUGUUUGAAUGCGAGCCGGACGACGAGAAAAAAGCCUUAACACAGAAGACGAGCGCCAUGAUAGAAGCCGCUCAAGCUCGACUUUCAGAAGAAAGUAGGAGUUUUGAGGAACAUUUGGAGAGCGGGAAUGAGUUUGCACUUGAUUACACGUUUGGUCCACAGGGAUCUGAUGUCCUCCACGGAGACAUGGGACUGGCGUUUCAACAGAGCUGGCAGGAGAUGGUGCAAGACAAAUACGCUGAGUUGAUUAGGGGGAAGCUAACUGACGACUUCAAUCAGUGUGUCAUCCAGCUGUUUGUCACAGAUUUCUUCGAGUGCACAAACAAUUUUUUGCACAUAGGAAGAAUCCAGCUGUCCAAUGAGGAUGCUGUUGAGAAACCAAACCCUUUGACAAGAUCACAAGGAAAAAGGCUUUGACACCAAUUAUUCUACACAUCUGUGGUAUGUGUUUGAAGCACAUUUAUGGCCUUCAUACCAAACCGUCGUACCAUUCGCUUUGCAUUUGUCUUUAUUA